UCGGUAUAGGGGUAUAGGUAGAGGAAUCAAGUCAAAAGCGUCAAAAGAAAAUUAAAAAUAAUUUUGAAAGAAAGCAGUAUAUUUGUUAUAUAUUUUAAAGAAUAUAAUUAAUUUUUAUUUGACACAUUAAAAGAAGUUUACAUGGAAACAUGAGUAAGGAUAAUAUGAAGUUUAUUCCAACGUUUGUUCAAACAAGUGGGACGAUGAGUUACACUUCAAAAUUAAAGUUUCAACAUUAUGAACUCAAUUGGACGAUAGAAGAUUUUGAAUUGAUUUGCAGGAGCGUUAAAAAAAUUGAGUCACCUGAAUUUCCAUUAGAAAGUUUAACCAAUGGCCAAUGGUAUUUAGAGUUAUAUCCUACAGAAUUGACGGAAAACAAUAAAGAAGAAUUUUCAAUUCGUUUAAACAACACCAAUUAUAGUACAGCACAUGUUAAUGCUAAAAUUACAUUUUUCAACUGUAAAAAUAAAGUUCAAUCAUUUGUAACAGAUUAUAUAAUGAAUUCUAAUGCUUACUGGUCUAUAAGUGGAUCUGAAUUUUCUAAUAUGUUUGGCAAAGAUAUACCAAAAAAUGUGAUUGUCAAAUGUGAACUUAGUGUUUUUGAUUCACUAACAACGAUUGAAGAAGAACCGUUAGUAAAACCCGAAAACUGUAACGAUCUAUUGGAAAAAAUCACAAGUUUACUCGGUAAUGAAAAUUUCAAAGAUGUUAAGUUCAAAGUAGAGGAUAAGGAAUUCACAGCCCAUAAAGCGAUUCUCGCCAUUCGAAGUCCCGUCUUCGCUGCGAUGUUCAACAGCAAAAUGAGUGAAGAGCUAACGUCGAUUGUUCAAAUAAAGGACAUAAAGCCGGAAAUUUUUCAACAAAUGCUGAAUUUUAUCUACAAUGUCGAAGUUGAAGACUUGGACAAAGUGGCACUGGAAUUAUUUUACGUGGCCGAAAAAUACGAACUAAAGGAAUUGAAGACCAAUUGCAUUAACAGUUUACACAAAAAUUUAUCCUCAAAAACAGUUAUCGACACUCUUGAAGUGGCCGAUUUAUAUUCACUCUCGGAAUUAAAAUCCGAAUGCCUAAAACUAUUGUUAACAGAAUGGGAUGUAAUUAGUAAGACAAAAGAAUUUAAAAGUCUAAUUCAAAAUCGAGCGGAUUUAAUAAUUGAAGUUGGGAACAUUCGUAAAAAAUUAGAUAAAGAUGUAAAUGCCGAAAGCAGCAAGUCUCUAAAUUUGCCUUUCACAUUCCGUGAUUAAAGUAUGAUAAAUAUUUUAAGGAAUAAAAAGUAAAUAUUACAACAAGAAUUAUUAUCAACUGUAAGUCUUCGUAGAAUCAGAAAUGUGAUAUUUCUUUAAGUAUUAAUAGGCCAACACGCAUUGAAAAUUAUAAAACGUAAAUCGUUUGCCUUUUGCAUUCCGUGAUUAAAGUUUUUUUUUUAAUUAUUUAAUAAUUAUUUAUCGUCGUUUUGAGUGUUAUAAACACUAUAAUAAGUAAAUAAAUAUUGUACGGAAUAAAAAUCCAAUGAAUAUGGGAACAAGAAUUACUGUCAACCCUUAAGUCUUCGUAGAAUCAGAAAUGUGAUAUUUCUCUAAGUAUUAAUAGGCCAUUACGCAUUGAAAAUCGUAAAUCGUACGAUUUACAUGAGAGAGUAAAGGAUAGAAAUAUCUUUCCUUUUCUAUCUCAGCAAGUAAAGUUAACGAUUUACAUCUUACGAUUUUUAUUGUUCUUAAGCCCAUUACAUUAUGAAUCGUUUUGUUUACUCUUUUUUAAAUUAAGA